UUGCAAUGACAUUUGUUGAUGUUCCCAGUGCUGUUUGUUUGAAAUUGUUAUCUUAUAUUCUCGCUUAUUUAUAAAAUAAAUGGCUUUGGAAUUACUAAAAUGGCAUUUCCCAAGGUAGAGGGGUACGUUGUGACCGAGAGACUUGGUUCUGGCAGUUAUUCGACUGUUUAUAAAGCAUAUACAAAGGUGGGUGGUAGAUCCAUCGUGGCAGUGAAAUGUGUGGACAGGUCCAAGGUGAAGCACUCGGGAACGGCCGUGGAUAACCUGAUCACAGAGAUACGGCUGCUAAAGACCCUCACACACCCACACAUCGUUCAAAUGAAGGAGUUCACGUGGGAUGAUAAAAAUAUUUAUAUAAUCACGGAGUUCUGUUGCGGGGGUGACCUCUCCAAGUACAUACACCGCUAUGGCAGGGUGCCAGAGAAACAGGUUUUAUACUUCUUACAACAGCUGGCGUCUGCACUCAAGUUCCUCAGAGAAAAAGGCGUAGUACAUAUGGACUUAAAACCUCACAAUUUGUUACUGCACAAAGAUUCAGACGGGAAAUACAUACUGAAAGUGGCUGACUUUGGGUUCGCGCAGCUGACGAGCGAGGCGGGGGGCGGCGGCGCGCGCGGCUCGCCGCUGUACAUGGCGCCCGAGGUGGUGCGCGGGCGGUACGACGCCCGCGCCGACCUCUGGAGCGUCGGUGUGAUAAUGUACGAGUGCCUGUUCGGACGUGCCCCCUACUCCUCCACCACGUUGAAGGAGCUAGUUGACAAGAUACAGAACCAAGCUCCCAUAGAGAUUCCCCGGAACUCGUGCAUCUCUGUCGGGUGCCAGGAUCUGCUGACGCGGCUGUUACAGCAUGACCCUGACCGGCGGAUCACAUACGAGGAGUUAUUCGCCCAUGAAUACCUGGACCUUGAACAUAUGCCCUCAAAGGAGAAUUACCAGAAGGCUGUUCAGUUGAUCAAGCAGGCCAUAGAGCUGGACUCGAACUGGCAGCUGAAGGAAGCGCUGCAGGCAUACAGCGCCGCCCUGCGCCUGCUGGUGGCGGCGGCCCGGGCACAUACAGACACACUCGCCAAAGAGGCUCUCACAGCCAAGGUCACAAGAUAUAUGGAGCGGGCGGAGGAAAUAAAACAAUAUUUGAAAUAUUGCGAGACUGGUGUAGCGCCGGGCGAUGACGUCCAACAGCGGUUACAUCCAACGCCAAGUGAAUGCAAACUAUGCAAUAGUAAAGCAGAGAGUAAUGGUCCCACGCGUGGGACGUGCACAUGUGGGCCAGACGGACAGACGGCCGAACAGAAUGGCGAACAAACCCUCGCGGUACCUGAGGCGACUACGUCGUGCGACAAAUCAGACGACAGAUCGUCCGAUAAAUCGAGCGAUCGACGCGGCGGUCGGCGUGGUCUCCGCCGGCUACUGUCGUUCGUAUCUCCCGCUGACGAAAUCUCCUCGUUACAGAAACAGCAGCCAGCGACCUCUGAUGGUAAUGAGAUCUGCCGGAUUACGUGAACAAAACAAACAUAAUUGUUAGUCAAUUUGUUAAAAUCAACACCAAAUGUUAUGACGCCAUGUGGUCUAGUGUAAACCGCACACAGAUUUACUUUCAACGAUCGCGGGUUAGUUUCCUGGCUCGGUACAAACAUUUGUAUUCAUGAGUAUGAUUGUUUGUAUCGGUCUGAGUGUUUUCUAUGUAUAAUAUGUAUGUAUUUACGAAAAAAUAUAUAUAUGUAUUUGUUUAGCAUGCAGCUUUACUUUCAA